AUGCAAACGCUCCUCAAGAAGCUCUUAUUCUUCGCUUUAUUCGAUACAAUCCAAGAGAGGAUGUCAACUGUGAAACCUGUCGAGUGAGUCAGUCCGAUCGCGCCGAUCUUCAGUGCACAGUCCCGUUGCAGGGAGAAAGAUCAGCCCAAAUCGAUCGGUGCUCUUGCGUGGGCGGAAUGCGAAAAGAUCUUGAACCGCGUGUUCGACACGAGAGUGCUGCCGCCCAACUUCCCGCGGACCCUCCUCAUGGAGUACGUCCAUCCCAUCCAGGAUCCAUCCAAAAUGAGAUCUUCCAGACUCUACGUAGCUCGGACGAUCCUCUUCGCCGCGUUUACACUCGGUAUCCGCGCGGGAGGCCUGCCGUUCCUCUACUUCACAGUUCGCGAGGUCCUCGGACACUUCAUCAUCUUCAUGCUCACUUACAUGUUCCUCCCACUCGUCGGACUCAACAUCGCCGUCCUUUUCAAGAAGGAGAAGCUGAAUGUGCACGAGUACCGUGUUCUCAUGAUCGUUUGGGCAUUCCUCUGUGGCGUCUUCUCGAUGAUUGCCAACAUUCACUACUCGCUCUCCGACUACGGACCUCCCAAUUACUUUAUGCCUGUCAUUAUCGGACUGACUGCUCAUGUGAGUGAGCUAUUCAUCGAAACUUGAAUUCGUUUUGGUUUCAGCUCAUCGGAAACCAGUUUGACAACAAUCGCAAAGCGCUGGUCGGAGUGAGUGUCGGAAGCGCCGUCACUGUUUCUCUGAGCAUGCUCAUCGUCACCGGUAACUGUCUCCUUUCAAUAUAUCAUUCCCCGUGUUUUGAUUUCAGGUGAUCUCUCGUUCGGCUCUUUCUUCUCCCUCUUCUUGUGCAGCAUCAAUGCCAUUGUGGCUCUUCAGUUCAUGAUCUACGACCUUCUCGAAGACGGUGCCGGCGCCAACGCCAGUUCAGCGCUCACCCAUGUCAUCGGUGUCGUCCUCAUAAUGCUCAACUUCCUUAUUCUCGUCCGUUUCACCGGAACCUAUGUGAUCGACCCAACCAGUAACGAUGUGGCCAGAGCAAACCCUCUCCACACUGCUCUUUCCGCAUAA